CAUGGCGAUUGGAGAGAGAAUGUUUUGGUUGAAAAAACUUAAACAAGCUGUCCAAUAUCACUUUUAAACAAUCAUUGGAAGUCAAAUAUCACACAAUUUUUUUAAAGGGUAUCAUAGAAUUUAGUAAGAGGUAUUUUUCGUGGUAUUUCAGGAGUGUAUUUGUGCAUAAGGACGCUUAUGUGAGCAUGGUGACAUGGCUUACAUUGCAAUUUAGACAAAGAACAAAGGAAAUUAUGGCAAUUAUUAUUCCUCAAGGAAUUAUUCAACAAUUCACAAGAGUGGAAGAGAUUGUAGGUCAGUAACCAUGCCAGCACUCAUAGCAAACACUGUGACAUUAGAGGAAGUGCUUGAGGUGAGAGGUGGACCACUUAACGAAGAUGAAUUAUGGUCUAUACUGGCGCAGUCCUGUCAGGCCUUGUAUGGUGUCUUUGUAUCAGGUAAAGCAAGAAAAAGACACUUUGGAACCUACACUAUUACUCCUGCUACAAUUCUGUUGUGCCAUACUGGUAAAGUCAAGUUCUCUCUUGAUGGAGAUUGUCCCAAUGACCGAUCCUUCACUGCGCCAGAGACUUAUGCAAGAAAAGCAUUUCCAAGUGAAGCAGCCUUGGAGAAGAUUUGUGUUUACUCACUGGGAAUGUCACUUUACCAUGCAGCCGAAUUUGAAGUUGCAGUAGGAAAGCCAAUUAGUCUACAUGAGUCCUUGGAAAAUAUUCUUCUGACUAUGUGUGAGGAUAGUGCACAAGCUAGAAGUGGCCUUAUAGAAGUACUCCAGGAAUGUCAAAGCCGCUAUAUGAAAAAGAAGUAUAGUGAUGUUGUUGCUUCUCUGGUGGAAUCCUUGUUAGGGGAUGAAAUCCCAGAUAUUGAGUUAGAAGACACAGGGUUUGAUAAUGAAGCUUUUCAAAAUGAUACCAAUGGUUACAGCAAUGUUGAUGGAGAGAUAUACCCAUCAAGUAUAUCACCUGUUCUGGCCAGUCCAAGACAUCUCCCCACCCCUCCCCCACCACAAAUAAGUACAAGAGGACAACCAACUUCAGCUGAGCUUGUAGGAAGUAAUAACAGACGUUUAUCAACUCCUUCUUUAAGACAGGGGUCGACAUCUCCUACUAGAUUAAAUGACAGUAGAAAUUUACCUCCUUCUUUAGAAAAAUAUAAAAGUUACCUGGAUGAAUCAAGAAGUAAAAGAUCAAUGACUGCUAGCCUUAAUGGCCUUGAUCAAUUAGAUUCAAAACCACCAGCAAAACAUCAACGGAUGGCUGAUAUUAGACAUAUACCACAGUACCAAGAAGCCCCUGAAACACGUGAGUAUAAUAGUCAUCCAUUGCCAAAACUCCCUGCUGAUUUGGAACCAAGAUUGAAAGUGAAUGGCAGCAGAAAUGGAGGAGAUGGUUUAAGGCGCUAUAGCAGUGUCAACUCAAUGACAAGUAACAGUUCUUCCACUGCGUCUGGUCCAAGGUCCUCCAUGUUUUCUGAUGGUCGUUCAUCAUCAGCAAUAUCCCUGACACAGGGCAGUUAUGCCCUUGAGUCUUACAUCACUGAUGGAUAUGAAAGUGAAUUUAAUCUCAAUAGUCUUGGAAGUUCAGUGUCUCGCAAUAGAUUUAGGAAUGAAAGAGGACCAACUUCUUUGAGAGACCAGCAAUAUGUUUCAGUCAGUGACCUUGGUCGUCCACCACCUGGUCCUAACAAACACCUUCCUCUUGUCAAGCAAUUCAAGUCAUUACCUGAUAUCGGCAAGGAACUAUCAACGAAUGAGAAAGAUGUCAGUCCUGCAAAGACAUUUUUUGGUCCAGAGUUUGUCAUGAUAACUGAAGAUCCUGAAAAAUCUAUAGUGAACAUUACUCCUAAUGCAUACCUCAAGAAAGAUGCACAGAAAAAGGGUAGUUCCCAAAAUAGGAAAAUGGUUACUGUAGUCGCUUUGAAUGGACAGAAGUUACAGUUAAUGGCUGAGGUUUCUAUGACAACCAAGGAUCUUUAUGAACAUGUAAUCAAGUUCUUAGGAAUAACAGAAAAGAGUUUCUUUGGUCUUGCUAAGCUGGAAGAUGAUGAAGUGAUAUUUCUUGAACUUGAUGUAAAAUUGUCCAAGUAUGCCCCACCCAAAUGGAAAGAGCCCAAGGGAGAAAUAGUCGAAUUCAUCCUGUACUUCAGGGUCAAGUUUUAUGUGGAACACAUUGCUCUUUUAAGCCAUUUAUCAUCACAUCAUCAGUUUUAUCUUCAGCUGCGUAAAGACAUUUUAGAAGGAAGGUUGUAUUGUCAUGAGGAAGCAGCAUUUGUACUGGCUGGGCUAGCAUUACAGGCUGAGACAGGGGACUAUGAUGAAUCUCUAGACCAGGAAUAUUUUCUAGUGGAACAUUAUCUUCAUCCAAGGAUAAUCAAUAAGGUGUCUUCUGAGUAUGCUGUCAGUCAACUACCCGAAUUCCAUCAAAACUUUGUUGGUCUGAGUGAACACCAAGCAGAGCUGGACUUUGUUAAGGAGGCACAGCAACUACCAGAAUACGGGAUUCACUUCUAUAAAGUCCAAGCAAACAAAAAGUCUGAUGCUGAGAAGCUUUAUCUUGGUAUAUGUGUGAGAGGAAUCACAGUGUACGAGUCUACAGGACACAUUAAAAGCCCAAUUCACAAACACUCAUGGCCUCUUACCAAAAAAAUCUCUUUUAAGAAAAAGAAGUUCUUCAUUGAACCAAGAGCUAAUCCAGAUGGAGCUAAGUUGACGUUCUACACUAACCACUACAAAAAGUCCAAGUAUUUACUGUCAAUGUGCACAGCAUUCCACAGAUUUCAAAUGAAGAUGAGAACAAGACUUGCUUCAAUUGAACAUGAAGUGGCUUUAGAUUUUGCAGCUGAAAAGCAACAGCAGCCAAGUGUUGAUGGUCCUCAAAAAGUGUCUCCAUAUGAACGAACACAUCCACCACCAUCUUAUAAGCAGAACUCAUUAGACUCUCCAAGGAAUGUUCUGGUAAGGUCUAUAUCACGGGACUGCAGUAUGGAAGAUCUACAGAAAGACACCUACAGGGAGAUGUCUGUAGACAUUAACCAUAAUGUUGGUAACCAUGGUAAUGGGAAAACAGCAAAUCGCAUGCUUUCUACUACAUCAGUGCAUGACGAGACAAAUUACAAGCAUGAUGAACAACCAUAUGUUAUAGAUUCUACUCUCAAUGAUCCACGUAAGCAAGAGCCAAACCAGCAAGAUGAUGCCAAGGAAAGACUUCUACCUCCACAAGACCUGGAAGUAUCAAAGCCAAGAGAUGUCCUUGCAUCACCUGAGAGAGAGAUCAGAGUCAUUAAGCUGAGAAAAGAACCCUUUAAAGGACUUGGUAUUACAGUUCUUGGUGGUGAAAACUCUAGAAGGUUAGACCUUGGUAUCUAUGUCAAGGCGAUUACUGAGGGAGGUGCAGCAGCAAAGGAUGGAAGGCUGAAAGCUGGUGGGUACAUGUAGAGGCAUUUUAUAACCUCAAGAGUGCAUCAAUAAGAAGAUGAACAUAAAUUUGAUAUUAAAUUGAUAUGCACAUAAAAAUUGUCAUAGGAAAAAGAACAUUUGCGCUUUAGUAAAAAGGAAAAAAUUAAAAAAGACAAAAUAGAAACUGGGCAGAACCGUUUAUUUUGUCUAUAUAGUUACAUGUAAAGCGUGGAUUUCACUAGCGCAUAAGUAUAGGCAUAAGCACGAAGCACGAGAGUCAU